AUAUGGCGAUGGAAGAGACACCCUCCUGGACCUCACCACAUGCUCACCAGUGGGUCCACAAGGCUGUAAACUAAAGUCUGAAGUCCUUCAUCUUCCAAUGGUGGAAGUGGCUGGAGCUGAUGGCGUGCUUCUAGUCCACAGAUCCUGGACAACAGCUGACAUGAAGGAAAGCAUGGCUUCUCUUCCCAACAUGAGAGAGGUAGGAAGAAAGAGAUUUGGUAAUGAGCUGUUGAUGUUUUGCAGAGAAUUCCAACCAACCACCCAUGAACUUCACUGCCUACUCAUGACCAAGAUGGGUAUAGAUUGGAACAAAGUUUCCAAAGAGUGGCCGGAAGCUGAGCAGCGAAUGACUACACCAGACUGGAGCACAGCUGGCAAUGACUAUUCAGCCUGGACGAAGAGGAAGAGGUCGAGAUAGGAGCCGAGGCAGGAUGACCUAGGGUGACUCGUCCUGGAUAAAAGGCGCAACCUGCUACAACUACAAUCAGAAGGGACACAUUGCUCGAGAUUGUCUCCACAGUAGCAGCCAGAGGCCCCGUGAGGAGUACAGCAAAGCAGAAUGAUGGGCGGACUCCAGGAAUGGGCCCCGCACAGAGAACAGGGGAGGUAACACACACACACACCUGAUGAUACACAUACACAUAGACAGGAGCAUUCACAUAACAUUAAACACAUUAGUAGCAGCACCUGCAUGCAACAGCAAGACUACACAGAAACACUCGAUAUACCAGUCCAGAUAGAUACACCUGAAGUUGCAUUAAGUUUGUUAAAAUACACAACUACUCCCUUCUCCAAACUCCCUUGUAUGCCCCUCACUGUGUGUGGGCAUGUGUUAACCUUUUUAGUAGAUUCUGGAGCAGGACACUCAGUGAUACAACAUGGGGUACUUCCAGUAGACCCACUGCUCAGCUCAAAUUCUAUUCAGACGAUGGGCAUCUCAGGACAACUUGUAACCGAAACUUUCUCAGUCAACCUCCCAUGUAAAAGCGAGGGAGGAAUAGUUCCUCCCUCCCUCCCUCAUUCCUCAUCUCACAUACAUGUCCAGUAAAUUUGUUAGCACGCGAUUUAAUGUGCAGAUUAGGAGUAAAUCUCACGUCCACUCCAGAUGGACUAACUAUUGAAGUAAGUGAAAUGUGCGGUGUGCAGUAUGGGUUUGGAAGCCCUCUGUAUGUGUAUGUCUGGCGGCUCUGCUCAGAUCAACUCACACAAACUCCAAAACACCUUGUACAGCUCGCACACUUGAACACCUCAUCAGUUGACACAGAUUAUAUGAAUGAGGAAGAUUUGCAUUGCACAGCACAUGUUCACCAAGGGCAAGAUGUAGAGUUUGAAAAGACUUGGUUUGCAGACCCCCACGCACGUGAAAGAUUGACUCUCAAAACUACAUAUUGGUCUAAACAUUAUUGUGCUGUGCAGGUCCAUUUUACUCAUUGUCCGAAUAACUGCAUCAAUCAAACAUGUUCUCAAACAUGUUAUGCUUGGCCUCGUGUCAGAGGACUCUGAGGUCGGCUGCUGCCAGCAUGAUUUCUUUGACAUCGUUAAUUCUAUACCCCAUGUCUCAUUAGCAAAGCCACGAGCCACCCAUUGGAAAGAUGUGGGGAAAUGGGUCAAGAAGUGUGCAGCCAAUGGCAAUGAAUGGUCCCAAACAGAGGACUUUAGUGUGUUGUUUUGCCAAAGGCUUGGGGUCUACAAACAAAGUCAUGCUAUGUGUGUGCAUGUUAAGCGCAGCGUAAUAUUAGCCACUGAUGACCGGGAUCCUGGGGACCCUGGCCAUAGUGGCCUGUUUGUCUCUGUUUCCACAGGCAUAACUCCAGCAGAGGUGCACCCCAAAUUGGCGGGAGUUCCAAAUUCUGUUUGGGCGAAGGGUAAACAUGAUGUAGGCCUAAUAAAGAAUGCUGAACCAGUGGUGAUCACCCCCAAAUCAGAUUUCAGGCCUAGACAGACCCAGUACCCACUCAAACCAGAAGCAAUCACAGUUAAGAAGGCAAGAAAACCGUCCCAGCCCGAUGAGUGGAGGUUAGUCCAAGAUCUGCAAGCAGUCAAUGCUGCGGUUGUUCCGUGCGCGCCUGACGUCCCUAACCCAUACACCAUUUUGGGCCAGGUGCCCGCUGACAGUAAGUGGUUUUCAGUGGUGGACCUAGCAAAUGCGUUCUUUUCUAUUCCUCUACAUAAAAAUAACCAGUACUGGUUUGCCUUUAUGUAUGAUGGUCAUCCAUACACUUUCACUCAUUUGUGCCAGGGUUACUGCAAGUCCCCAACCAUAUACAACCAAUGCCUCAGAGACAGCCUUGCUUCGUUAACUUUGUCACCAAGAUCAGAUUUGCUGCAGUAUGUUGACGAUUUAAUGAUUUGUGCCCUAACUAAAGCUCAAUGUGAAGAUGACACAGUAAUGCUACUGCGACACCUCACUAAGGAGGGUCAUAAGGCUAGCCUCACAAAGUUACAGUUUGCAAAACAGAAGGUGCAUUUCUUAGGGCAUGACAUCACGGGGAGGGGAAAACGCUGUCUACGGACAGGGUCUCAGCUAUUCAGAAAAUUCCCAAGCCGAUCACUGUGAAACAAGUUUUGUCAUUUUUGGGUAUGUGUUCCUAUUGCAGAGCAUUCAUUCCGAAUUAUUCCAUCCUGGAAAGCCCAGUGAGAGAGCUCGUGCAUGGUUCGUCCCUCACCGCUUCGUCACCUGUCAUAUGGACACCAGAGGCUGAAGAAGCAUUCCUGGCCCUAAAAGGCGCCCUGCAGACCACACCCACGCUGGGACUGCCUGACCCCAAUAAACCAUUUGUUCAAACUGUAGAUGAAAAGAAGGGUUUAUGACCUCUGUUCUUUUGUAGAAACACGGGGAUAGAUUGAGACCUGUAGCCUACUUCUCCAGCAGGCUGGAUCCAGUGGUGGCUGGACUUCCUGUUUGCCUGCGUGCAGUUGCUGCAGCUGAAAAGGCGGUAACUGCCUCCAGAAAUAUUGUGGGGUAUUCUAACCUCACCCUUUUGGUCCCACAUGCUGUCUCCCUGCUUCUGUUGGAGAAAAAGAUGUCACAUUUGUCAGCACAGAG